AUGGCUGAGUUAAUAGACAAUGUUGUUACCCUUCUUUGGAUACCAUUUUUUGCUUCGUUAGCUGUAAUAAUCGGCACAAUUUCCGGCUGUGUAGUGUCUCGUACGCAGUACAGUAAAGGAGUUAAUAUUCGAAGAAAGAGAUCACAAGAUAUCGUCGGGAAAAUGUCCCAGAUUCAGGGAGAUGGCAAACAGCCGAGGCGAAAUGGAGUGUAUUCUUGGAUCGGAAAUCUUCGAAAUUUGAUUCGAGAUCGAAUAGAAUCCGGUUCAAAUCGUAUCCUUGGAUCUCAUUCUCCAGUUGUAUUCGGCGAAAUAGUGGCUUCUCAUGAUCGAUUCGAGACUUAUGGAGGCGACAGAAACUCAGUUCGAACGAGGGUCGCUCCGACUGGUUCGGUGCUGCGGAAAAGAAGAAAUCGAGGAGAACGACGUGAUGUGGAAUAUCAGGAACUUCCCCUGGACUCGUCACCAUGUUUUGCGUACAAGUACGGAGCAUCUGAUGACUAUCAAAGAGUAGAGCUGGAGACGGUUCCGGAGCCGCGUGGAUCGCCAUUUGCUGGAAUGUCUUAUGGUGCUACAUAUCGGCUAUCUGUAUAG